CUAGGUUUCUCUACGGAGAACUUGGCGCAUAUUCAUUUCCGAUUCGCGGCAAGACGCCCGCUCUGGAAAGCCAGCUAACAAAAUACCUCUCCGCUUCGCAAAAAUGUAAGUAAUUUCCCAUGUUGUUGUGUUUAGGAGUAACUCGAGAACUUGCACAUGCAUUAAAUUUCGGGGCAAGACUCCCAGUAAAUACAGUUUAUUUGAAAAGGGAAACAUUUUUGUUGUUUUUAUAUUUUAAAUGUUUAAUAACAAUCAAAGUAAAUAACAGAAGCAUAUAAAGAGUAUCUGAGAAGUCUAAAACCUACUUCAGUUUUCGUUUAAUAUAAAUGACCGACGAUCUUUCAGCAAAGUGUUAUGUUGCAAAAAUAAAAAAUUAAAAGUAAAAUAUGAAAUCAUUUAAAAUAUAAUUAGGAAGUGAUUAUCAUUAUAAAACUUACUGAGCGCUCACUGUUCAUGUCGGGAUUAGGCGGCAAACAAAUUUGUUAGAAAAAUAAAAUUGGGGAACCUUUAAGCACAGCCUGGCCGCCUAGGUUUUAUUUUUACCUUCAUAUAGACGUGUGUUCAUAACUGGGGAUAAAUGGAUAUGUAUUUUUUUUAAUUAAGUCAAAACACUUGUGUUUACAUGCGUCGAAAAUACUCGCUUAUGUGCGCCGAGCUGAAGUGUGGGUGUUUGUAUAUAGCGAUCGAAAAGAAAAACUCAAACUGAAGUUGUGGCGACGAUCGUCGAUCGCUGAUCCCAGAGAGGGACUUCGCCUUCCACAAGUCGGACGCAACUCCAGCCUGCCACACGCGCCUCGAUCUGCAGUCGUCGUCGGAUCGAUCGCACAAUAGCAAAGAAAUUAAGCCGCUUUGUUUGUGUACCUCAGCGUGUACUACCUGUGACAAAAGGAUCCUCGACGACAAGUUGGUCCCCUAUAGAUCACUUGUUGACACACGUACAAAGAGGUGGCCCCUUAAACUAGACGAGAUGUGGCUCUCAUCAACCCCGGAUGAGUAGUCACGUCUUGAAUCGGAUCGAUGGUGAGCCAUUCAUCACGAUUGGCAGAGUCUCUAAUGCACUUAAAAUAAGAAAAGCACGAGAAAAGCAAAAGAAACGCAACCGAGUCCAGGUAGAGCUGCUGCAGUCCGGCAAGAACUCGCGAUCGGUCAUUCGAAAAGCGGCUUAGGCGAUGACGGAUCAACUGCUGAGCUCCGCGGCCAGUGCUCCGGGGGAUCCCCCGCCGGUCUUGGUGCCCGUGCCAGCCUCUACGGGUGGACCCUAUUUGAGCGGCGGAUCCGAGAACGAGGCAGAGUCGGCGGAACAGCCCGUCCUCCUCGAACUGGGUGCUCCCCAAUCUGCCAGUUGUCCAGCCGUUAGUCUUAACUACACCCUAACCCCCGAUGGAUCAGGUCUGCUGGCCUAUGCGCCAGUUCCGGCGCACAACUACUCACCCACCUUGAUGGGUGGCUACGAGAAAGAGUCGCCCAGCUUGGGUCUGUUGCCACCUACGUAUAGUGUGAUUCCCCAGCCGGUGUCGAUGUGGCAUACCGGACAGGUAGCCUCUGGUUCACCAGUGGGAUUGGAGGGCAGUAAGCCCAGUGAGCUGGUGCCACCACCCAUGUACAUGAGCUACGGCGGCGGAGGUAUUUCCAACGGAACAGAGGUGGACAUCUCGAAGGAACACAAUCCCGCCUGGCGGGAGAAAGCCUUGCAGAUGGAGAAGGACUACAGACGCACCGCCUGCGAUCGGGAGAGAACCAGGAUGCGGGACAUGAAUCGCGCUUUCGAUUUACUGCGCUCCAAGCUGCCUAUUUCCAAGCCGAACGGAAAAAAGUACUCCAAAAUUGAGAGCUUGAGGAUUGCCAUUAACUAUAUAAAUCACCUUCAGGCCAUGCUGCGCGAGAGUUCAGCGGCCCAAAAUGGCAGUGGAUGCUGUGCCUGGAGCGGUGGGAGUAGUUCCCCCUAUGAUAAUGCCAACGAUCAUUGGGGAUCAUAGAUUUAAUCCUAGUAAUUAUCCACUUCAAAGAAAUCUGCAGUUUGCCAAAGAAAAAUCAAUGGCGGUUGCCCCACCAAAUUACCAUGCUCUCCAAAACUUAUAUUGUGAAAAUACCAUUUAAACACUAAGGUUUCUGUUAAAUGUUACUAUUUGGAAAAGCAUUAGCUUUAAUUUUUCAUAAGUGCAAUAAAAUAAUAUAUAUGAAGCAUUA